AUGGAACAAUACCACCUACCGACUUUACUAAACCCAUUGCUAAACUCAAUAUUUAAUUGUCCCAAUCCAUCAAAUUCACCAUUGAAGAAAUUAUAUGCUUCCCUAAAGGAUAAGAGUUUCAUAUUGUUAGUGCCUCCUACAGAAACUUUAUUGAAUUACACUGAUACUAAAACUAAGAUACAAUUGGAAGAUUUAUGUUAUCAUAAUGUCGAUUUCAUUGGAGCUCAUAUCUUAUUACCACCGAAGGACUCUAUCAGUAGCAGUAGCAGUACCAUCGAUGACGGAUAUACUAGACUGGCAUCAAUCGAGCAAUUCGAUACAUUGAAUGGCGAUAAUAUCCUAGUGAAGUGGAGAAAUAAUUUUCUGGUUUUAUUAAGUGGAUCGCCUAAUAGACAAAAGAUCAAGAUUGAGAGAAUUCAAGUAUUACCUAAUUUUAAUGAUUACUUGCAGGGAUCUACCUACUUUAUUCUUGUUCAUAUUGAUAAACCUUUGAUGAAGGAUGUGAUUCGACUAAACGAUGAGUUGGAGUGUUUUGAUACGCUGACACUCCAUGAUAAUGAUGGGGAUUCUUCUCCCGAUGCUCGUCCUUUGAUUCAAGAUAUGUCACAACAUGAAAGAUCACAAUUUGAAAAUAUAAUAAAUACCAAUGAUACGUGGAAUAAGAGAUUUAAAGAUUGGAUGAAUGAAUACAAAGAUAGUACCACCGCAGAAGAACCGAACGAAACUCUUUUCAAACAAAUUGUUGCCGUUGCAUAUAAUGAAUUAAAAUCAAAUAAAAUAUUCAAAGGAUUUGGCCAUCUUCGUCGUUUGAUCCAUGAGUAUCUUGAAAUAAAUCUAUACGACCAUUUGUGGUUACAGAUUACCACGUUGUGUGCGUUGGAUGAUGAAACAAAAGGUACAAGAAUAAAAAAUAUUUCCAUUGAAGAGAUAGACGAUAAAUUCUAUGAAAUGUUUCCCCUUGAUUUCAUUACCAAAUUGGAAAAAAAUAUGGUACGUUCCACAAAUUCCAUUAAUAAACUAAAUGGAAAAAAUUCAUUCAACGAAAAAUCAGAAAAUUUAAUUGCAACAUUGCAAAUACUGACAAAUAUGGAUAAUCCUAUAGGUGAGUUAAAUCAGGAAAAUGAAAAGGGUGCAAAUAAUUUAAUUGAUGCUGAUACUUUAAUAAAUCUUUUGAUUUUAAUUAUUUGUAGAUCAGAGAUCAAUAUUGUUGAUUUGAAAAGAAAUAUAUUCUACUUGAAGAAAUUUAAUUAUGAUGAAAAUUUGAUUAAUUUUGGUAUAUUAAGCUAUACCAUUUCCACUUUUGAAAUUGUUAUCUAUUCAUUUGAAAAUAUAGUUGAAUAUGACAAGUUAAAAUCAUACUCAGAAAUCAUUGAAAAAUUGAUAAAAGUGGAUGAUUUGAAAAAGGUUCCAAAAACGAUUAAGUGGGAACAAUUUCUAACCUUUAGAAGUGAUACUGGGGAGUCCAUAUUAUUUUCCUGUAUAACCAACAAUCAAACAGAAAAAUUUUUAGAUUUAUUAGUAGACUAUGAAGAAAUUUUUUCUAUGGAUAAUAUAUUAGACGACGCAAACGUAGAGGGCACCACUCUCUUAAUGCAAGCGCUAAUAUAUCGCAACUUCAAAAUAUCUAUGGUUCUUAUCAAUCUUUUAUUGAGGAAUUGCAGUAACAAACAAAUAAUGGAGUACAUCAAUAAAAUCGAUAAAUUUAAUCGCAAUGUGGGCCAUUAUCUGAUUAAUGAGCUAGAAAUCCUAAAGAUUAUAGGUAAAUAUGUUAAUUGGAAACAAAGAGACCUUGUCGGGAGGACACCAUUGUUUACCAUUUUUAGAGGGUAUGAUCAGCCAAAUUACGACGAGGUAAUAUCUACAGUUUUUGACAUCACGUUGAAUUGGUAUGCUGAAAAUGGCUUGAAAUUUCAAAUGUCAGAUCACUAUGAUCUAAAGGAUAAUUCAAUACUGCAUAUACUUCGGAGCAAUAUCGACAUUUUGUUUACAUAUUCUAAAAGAAACCAUUUUGAAAUAGAUAUUAACAAGAGAAAUUAUAAGGGUUUCACACCAUUGAUGAUUUAUGUUAAGUAUCAUAGACUUUCUAAUGUCAAACUAAUUUUAGGCGACGACCGUCUCCUCUUUAACAGAUAUCAAAGAGAACUCUACACUACAUGUUUUGAUUAUGCAACUGACUCGACAAUUUCAAACGAGUUGGGGAAGCAUGCAUUACAAAACAAUACUGUGUUUGGACGCAUUUAUAUUCAUUCUUUGAAAGUCCGCAGUUCCACCAAUGCGACAUUUUCCUUAACCUUCCCUCUGCCAGACAAAGAAAAUGAAACAGGGACAGUUAACAUCAAAGUUAAGGCAAUAAUAUCCCUACUUAAGGUUAUCCGUAAAAAAUCACAAAUAUCUCUACUACCAUUGGAUCGUAUAAUUAAAGUUUUGGUCAAAUUGACUUCCAAGGAAAAUAACAAAAUCAUCGUUCGAAAGAUUGAGAUGUUAAGAAAUCAAUCAUUAUUGAGAAGAUUAACUGAUUGUCUUGACACAUUGUUAUUUUUUGACAUUGGGAUUGAUUAUCUCUCACUGAUUACAGAUGAAACUAAGUUACUGGGUUGGGUUACAAAUGAAAAUACAAAAUUAAAGCACAACGUUAAUAAGACUCAUGGGGAAAAGAAAUCAUUGAAACCGGAAGACAUCAAUAUUAUUCAGAGUUUUUUGAAAUUUAAUGUCAAAGAAUUGUAUAACGUUUUACUCAAUGUGAAAACCUUAGAAAAAUUAUUAAAUUUUAUUCAUUUGAAGUCAAUUGAUGUCAAAGAAUCCAGACUAGCGUUUGUUCACUUAGUCAAAAGUAUUAAAAAUGAUCAAAUUGCACAGGCAACGAAUAGAUCUUUAGAACCAAUUAUUGAAAUGCAAUCAUUAGAAAAUCAAUACUAUAAUAAUACAUUAAUUCGAGACGAACUUGACUUUUUGAAAGCGUGUACAUUAAUUUUGACUGGCAACAUUGAAGAUAUCCUAAGAACGCAAAUUCCUAACUGGUGGAAGUUGUAUGGAGAACUGUUAGAACUGAAUAAACACUACAAUAAACUUUUCCCUCCUAACCACUACAAUAAUACACUAGCAACAGACAAUCAACAUAGUGCCGAAGUUUCUAACGAUGUCAAUAAUGGUGGAGUAUUUGGAGGUUUAAUCGAGAACCAAAGAAACAAAGCUGUCAAAAAAUUGAAAACAGACAUUGAUCAAUUAAAGUACUCUUUGGAAAUUCUUGGGAACGAAAUAUUCAGAAAACAUGAGAUGUUAGCCGAGGAGUUGAAUAAAUAUAUGGAAUUUAAGGGUGUUUUUUUUAAGAAGGCCAUUAUUAGAAAUUGGAGGAGAGGUGAUUUAGAAGCAGUCAAUGAUGAUUUGAUUACAUUCACCGAAAAAACAUGUUCGAUUCUUAGAGAUUUGGGAAUACCUCUGUAG